AUGGGAAAUUCAUGCACUUGCAUCAGUGAAGAUUUAAAGGACAAAUAGGAAUUUAGAAAUGAGACAAUGACUUCCAGAAGAAAUAAGGAAGAUUCCAUAGUUAAAAUACAGAAAAAUUUCAGAGGAUACAAGGCUAGGAAAGUAUAUACUCAGAUGAAAAUUGACAUUAGAUCUGGAAACACCAUUGAAAAUAAGCCUGAGUUUCUGAAUGAAAGUGAUGUAGUAUUAAACCCAAUGAUAAAGGCUAUAAGUGAUAAACUGGGACCAUUUUAAUUUCAGGACAUGGGCCAAUGGAGAAAUAUACCUAGGUAGAAAAGACCACCAUACAAAUUAGGCAACGGUGCUAUUUAUAUCGGAGAAUGGAAUACUUAGACUAACAAGAGAGAAGGUAGAGGGAAAUAAAUCUGGCCUGAUGGCUCCUUAUAUGAAGGAGAGUGGAGAAUUGAUAAAGCUAAUGGCAAGGGUAGACUAAUUCACUCUGAUGGUGACGUAUAUGAGGGUGAAUGGGUCAGUGACAAAGCAGAAGGAUUCGGAAUUUAUACUCAUAUGGAUGGAGCUUAAUAUUAGGGAUAAUGGAGAGAAGACAAAUAGCAUGGUAAAGGCAAAGAAUCCUGGCCAGAUGGAGCGAUGUAUGAAGGUGACUACAUCAUGGGUAAAAAACAUGGAGUUGGUGAGUUCCUUUGGUCAGAUGGCUCAAUAUACAUAGGUCAAUUCCAAAAUAAUAACAUCGAGGGACAAGGAGAGUAUAAGUGGGCUGAUGGAAGAAUAUUUAACGGUCAGUGGAUGUUUAAUAAAAUGCAUGGCAAGGGUAUAUUUACCUGGCCAGAUAAUAGAAGAUAUGAGGGAGAGUACAUUGAAGAUAAAAAGCAAGGCUUCGGGGUAUUCUACUGGCCAGAUGGUAGGAAAUACAUGGGACAGUGGGCGAACGGCAAAUAACAUGGAAAGGGCACAUUUGUUGCAGUUAACGGUUUAAGCAGAGAUGGAGAAUGGCUUAGUGGAAAGCGAUCAAAAUGGUUGGAUGAAUGA